CCACCUUAGCCGUUAUCAUCUUAAGAUUUUUGGCUAUUCUGAGCCAUCUCAUUCCUCCCUCCCUUCUUUGUUGCAUUCUCUCUCACCUACUCCAUUCCCCCCGCCUUCAAAGUAAGACCACCUUUGGUAAGAAUGUUAUACGCAUUAUGAUACUUUUUCAAAUCUUCAAAAUUGAGGAAUAAUUACAUACAGUAAAAUGAGAAUGGCAUGCAAAUUUGUGCCUUUUUUUAAAGCUUAGUACAUGUCAUAAUUUGGUUACAAUUCUUAUUUUUCCAGAUACAUGUGCUUUUCCUCACAUCUACCAUGCUCAGCAUUACAGAGCUGUCCUUUAUUUUAGAAUUCUCUAAAGUGCUGUAUUGUACACAGAGAGCUGCUCCUGACUGGAAAAGCCGCACCUCGCACCCCUCUUCCUUCAGGACCCAGAUUCUUUGAAACGUUUCUCUAGCCCCUUUGAACACUGCAGCUCGUUUAAAACGUAUAUGGUUCUUUUUUCCCUGUUCAGUUAUUAAUCUAGCUAGGUUGUGAGUUCCUCCUCCAAGAAGGAGUUGGGGGUGCGAUGUAGCUUGUCUGGUUUUGGAUUCAAAGUGUGUACAAUACUCCAAUGCCUACCACAUAGUAGGUGCUCAAUAUAUGUUUACUGUCAAUAAGUGACAAUUAACACACCAAUAUGGUACUUCAGAGUUUUCAUAGCGCGGUCACACGAUCUCAUUUAAUGCCUACUACAAUCCUAAGAAAUUCUAAUUACUGCCAUCCUAACAUUUCUUGUUUAUAGAGCAUGGAGAUCGACAGGUUAAGUCUCUUGCCCAGGGCCAGUAAACAGCAAAACGGAACUAUAAUUUCAGGCUCUGGACACCACACAGCGUGUCGAGGUCAGCCCGAACUUGGCGCUGCGACUUUUCCUUGGAGGGGCCAUUUCGGCUUGCACUUCCAGAUCCUGGGCACAAAGACCCAAAAAGACGCCCUGCGGGGAACUGGGGAGCGGGACUACAUCUCCCAGAGAGCCCUGAGGCUAAACCGCAGAUGAGUGGUUGACAUUGAUAGCCAAUGCGGCUGCGAGGAGCUCGUGCAAACCAAUCACAGUCUGGAAGGGGCGGGACCUCCCACGCCGAGACUAGAUUGAGCGCAGAACUAACGGCGCUCUGAACGGCUCCAAACCUCUGUGGGGCUUAGAGCCGGAUGCAACGUCGUCCUUUCCCGUGCUCUCCCGCGACUCCGUCUCGGGCCGCGCGUGUCUGGCUGCUAGGUCGGCAGUAAGGACUGGUCGGGUGCCCGGAAAGAAAGCACGUGCUCCAGCAGUUGUCGCGCCGCGUGUUUGCCCGUCAGACCCGUGCCCAGCCCCAAGAGAGGCCCCAGGGCGCUGGGGAGUUUCGGGGCCCGCAGUCCCCUCGAAACGGGAGGCGUCAAACGACCCGGGCCUUCCGUGGCAGGCUCGCCUGGCGCUGGCUGGCGUGGCUCUUGGCAGUCGUCACGUGUGGAUAGCGCGUCUUCCCCGCCGCGCCCUCUGGGCGAGGAGCAGACUCGGCAGCAUGUCACCCGCGCUCCAAGACCUGUCGCAACCCGCAGGUCUGAAGAAAACCCUGUGGAAGGAGAUUGAUGCCAUUCUGCAGAAGAGGAUUAUGGUGCUGGAUGGAGGCAUGGGGACCAUGAUCCAGCGGCACAAGCUAAAUGAAGAGGACUUCCGAGGUCCAGAAUUUCAAGACCAUGCCAGGCCGCUGAAAGGCAACAAUGACAUUUUAAGUAUAACUCAGCCCGAUGUCAUUUACCAAAUCCAUAAGGAAUACUUGCUGGCUGGCGCAGAUAUUAUUGAAACAAAUACUUUUAGCAGCACUAGUAUUGCCCAAGCUGACUAUGGCCUUGAACACUUGGCCUACCGGAUGAACAAGUGCUCUGCAGGAGUGGCCAGAAAAGCUGCCGAGGAGAUAACUCUCCAGACAGGAAUUAAGAGGUUUGUGGCAGGAGCUCUGGGUCCGACUAAUAAGACACUCUCCGUGUCCCCAUCUGUGGAAAGACCGGAUUAUAGGAACAUCACAUUUGAUGAUCUUGUUGGAGCAUACCAAGAGCAAGCCAGAGGACUUCUGGAUGGCGGGGUUGAUAUUUUACUCAUUGAAACUGUUUUUGAUACUGCCAAUGCCAAGGCAGCCUUGUUUGCACUCCAAAAACUUUUUGAGGAGACAUAUGCUCCCCGGCCUAUCUUUAUUUCGGGGACGAUUGUUGAUAAAAGUGGCCGGACUCUUUCUGGACAGACAGGAGAGGCAUUCGUCAUCAGUGUGUCUCAUGCAGACCCGCUCUGCAUUGGAUUAAAUUGUGCUUUGGGUGCAGCUGAAAUGAGACCUUUUAUUGAAAUAAUUGGAAAAUGUACAACAGCCUAUGUCCUCUGUUAUCCCAAUGCAGGUCUUCCCAACACCUUUGGUGACUAUGAUGAAACACCCUCUAUGAUGGCCAAACACCUAAAGGAUUUUGCUAUGGAUGGCUUGGUCAAUAUAGUUGGAGGAUGCUGUGGUUCAACACCAGAUCAUAUCAGGGAAAUUGCUGAAGCUGUGAAAAAUUGCAAACCUAGAGUUCCACCUGACACUGUUUUUGAAGGACAUAUGUUACUGUCUGGUCUAGAACCCUUCAGGAUUGGACAGUACACCAACUUUGUUAACAUCGGAGAGCGCUGUAAUGUUGCAGGAUCAAGGAAGUUUGCUAAACUCAUCAUGGCAGGAAACUAUGAAGAAGCCUUGUGUGUUGCCAAAGUGCAGGUGGAAAUGGGAGCCCAGGUGCUGGAUAUCAACAUGGAUGAUGGCAUGCUAGAUGGUCCAAGUGCAAUGACCCGAUUUUGCAACUUAAUUGCUUCCGAGCCAGACAUUGCAAAGGUACCCUUGUGCAUUGACUCUUCCAAUUUUGCUGUGAUUGAAGCUGGGUUAAAGUGCUGCCAAGGGAAGUGCAUUGUCAACAGUAUUAGUCUGAAGGAAGGAGAGGAGGACUUCUUGGAAAAGGCCAGGAAGAUUAAAAAGUUUGGAGCUGCCGUAGUGGUCAUGGCUUUUGAUGAAGAAGGACAGGCAACAGAAACAGACACCAAAAUCAGAGUAUGCACCCGGGCCUAUCAUCUGCUUGUGAAAAAACUGGGCUUUAAUCCGAAUGACAUCAUUUUUGACCCAAAUAUCCUAACCAUUGGUACUGGGAUGGAAGAACACAACUUGUAUGCCAUUAAUUUUAUCCAGGCAACAAAAGUCAUUAAAGAAACAUUACCUGGAGCCAGAAUAAGUGGAGGUCUUUCCAAUUUAUCAUUCUCCUUCCGAGGAAUGGAUGCCAUUCGAGAAGCAAUGCAUGGGGUUUUCCUUUACCAUGCAAUCAAGUUUGGCAUGGACAUGGGGAUAGUGAAUGCCGGAAACCUCCCUGUGUAUAAUGAUAUCCAUAAGGAACUUCUGCAGCUGUGUGAAGAUCUCAUCUGGAAUAAAGACCCUGAGGCCACUGAGAAGCUAUUAAGAUAUGCCCAGACUCAUGGCCAAGGAGGGAAGAAGGUUAUUCAGACUGAUGAGUGGAGAAAUGGCCCUGUUGAAGAACGUCUUGAGUAUGCCCUUGUGAAGGGCAUUGAAAAACAUAUUAUUGAGGAUACUGAGGAAGCAAGGUUAAACCAAGAAAAAUAUCCCCGACCUCUCAAUAUAAUUGAAGGACCCUUGAUGAAUGGAAUGAAAAUUGUUGGUGAUCUUUUUGGAGCUGGAAAAAUGUUUCUACCUCAGGUUAUAAAGUCAGCGCGGGUUAUGAAGAAGGCUGUUGGCCACCUUAUCCCUUUUAUGGAAAAAGAAAGAGAAGAAACCAGAGUGCUUAACAGCACAGUAGAAGAAGAGGACCCUUACCAGGGCACCAUCGUGUUGGCCACUGUUAAAGGCGAUGUGCACGACAUUGGCAAGAACAUAGUUGGAGUAGUCCUUGGCUGCAAUAAUUUCCGAGUUAUUGAUUUAGGAGUCAUGACUCCAUGUGAUAAGAUACUGAAAGCUGCUCUUGACCACAAAGCAGAUAUAAUUGGCCUGUCAGGACUUAUCACUCCUUCCCUGGAUGAAAUGAUUUUUGUUGCCAAGGAAAUGGAGAGAUUAGCUAUAAAGAUUCCAUUGUUGAUUGGAGGAGCAACCACUUCAAGAACGCACACAGCAGUUAAAAUAGCUCCAAGAUACAGUGCGCCUGUAAUCCAUGUGCUGGACGCAUCCAAGAGUGUGGUGGUGUGUUCUCAACUGUUAGAUGAAAAUCUAAAGGAUGAAUACUUUGAGGAAAUCAUGGAAGAAUAUGAAGAUAUUAGACAGGACCAUUAUGAGUCUCUCAAGGACAGGAGAUACUUACCGUUAAGUCAAGCCAGAAAAAGUGGUUUCCGAAUGGAUUGGCUGUCUGAACCUCACCCAGUGAAGCCCACCUUUAUUGGGACCCAGGUCUUUGAAGACUAUGACCUGCAGAAGCUGGUGGACUACAUUGACUGGAAGCCUUUCUUUGAUGUCUGGCAGCUCCGGGGCAAGUACCCGAAUCGAGGCUUUCCCAAGAUAUUUAACGACAAAACAGUAGGUGAAGAGGCCAAAAAGGUCUACGACGAUGCCCGAGAUAUGCUGAACACACUGAUUAGUCAAAGGAAACUCCAAGCCAGGGGAGUGGUUGGGUUCUGGCCAGCACAGAGUGUCCAAGACGACAUUCACCUGUACGCAGAGGGUGCCGUGCCCCAGGCUGCAGAGCCCAUAGCCACCUUCUAUGGGUUAAGGCAACAGGCCGAGAAGGACUCUGCCAGCACGGAGCCGUACUACUGCCUCUCGGACUUCAUCGCUCCUCUGCAUUCUGGCAUCCGUGACUACCUGGGCCUGUUUGCUGUUGCCUGCUUUGGGGUGGAAGAGCUGAGCAAGGCCUAUGAGGAUGACAGUGACGACUACAGCAGCAUCAUGGUCAAGGCACUGGGGGACCGGCUGGCAGAGGCCUUUGCAGAAGAGCUGCAUGAAAGAGUGCGCCGAGAACUGUGGGCCUACUGUGGCAGUGAGCAGCUGGACGUUGCAGACCUGCGCAGGCUGCGGUAUGAGGGCAUCCGCCCAGCUCCCGGCUACCCCAGCCAGCCUGACCACACCGAGAAGCUCACCAUGUGGAGACUCGCGGACAUCGAGCAGUCUACGGGCAUUAGGUUAACAGAAUCAUUAGCAAUGGCACCUGCUGCAGCAGUCUCAGGCCUCUACUUCUCCAAUUUGAAGUCCAAAUAUUUUGCUGUGGGGAAGAUAUCCAAGGAUCAGGUUCAGGAUUAUGCUUUGAGGAAGAACAUGUCUGUGGCCGAGAUUGAGAAAUGGCUUGGACCCAUUUUGGGAUAUGAUACAGACUAACUUUCUUUGUUUUUCUAACUUUUCUUUUUUUUUUUGCCUUUUUUAUUCUUGAUGAUCCUCAAGGAAAUACAACCUAAAGUGCCUUAAAAAUAACAACAGAAAGCCUGUGUGCAUCUGGCUGACACUGCCUCUUAGAAGAAAAGCCUGAAACUCAGUUGAAUAGGGAAGUGCGAUCCUGUGGCAAGAUGAUAGUGUGAGAAAUGGGGCAUUUUAAUCUAAGCAGUUACAACACUGGGUUCUGACGGGGAAGGAAGCGUAGCUCUGCUCCCUCUUUGGAAGACCUCAUUUUCUAAAGGCUGGAUUAAAUGGCUGCAGAACUCCCUUUGGCAAAAGCCAUGCUCUCGCUGCUUGCUUGUCAGAAACACUCAAGCCGUUUGCCCCAGAGUGGUCAGUAGUCAUGCUCUCUGAGCAUUUUUGUCCUCCCAUAAUUUCACAUUUUGGUGCCCCUGAGGAAACAAAAAGGAAAUGGGGAGAGAAAGUUACUGUUAAGGGUGGUUAACAUCUUUUAGUUGUUUUCAGGAUUAAGCAGGAUCUCAGCAGGGCUCUGAUACCCUGUGCAGAGUUGGCAGGUGGGCAGCAUAAUGUCACUCAUUUCUUACCAUCUUAUUCCCCUCCAAUUCUCAAUAUAUUCAAUAAUGAAGAAUGCUGCCGCCACUCAAGCAACAAGCCUCAAACUCACCCGUGUCAUCUUUUUCUUGGAUGAUUGCGUUAUCUCAAAAAUGUGCAUGCAAUUAUACACUCAGAUGGUGGUAUAUACACAAGAUGGUGGUGGAAAUAUUCAGGAGAAGGUCGCGUUGAGUCCUGAUUUGAGAUUUGAAGGAUGAAGACCAAGAAGCAAGGGAGGAACAAAUGAAGAACUGUCUUUGCUCAUGAAUAGGAAUAGUAAAGAUUAUAAAGGUAUCAGAUCUCCCCAAAUGGAUCUAUGGAUUCAAUACCAUUUUCAGUGGAAAUUUCAACCGAGAUUUUAUUGAGUGAAACAAGCAGGUGUUUAAAUUUAUAUGGAAUAGCAAAGGACUUAAAAUUACCAAAUGCUUCUACAUAUAAAGGAGGGGUUGAGAAGACACACCCUAUAUGAUACAAUUGUUUGUUUUUGAUUUUUUUGAGACGGAGCUUCACUCUUGUCACCCAGGCUGGAGUCCAAUGGUGCAGUCUCGGCUCAAUGCAGCCUCUGCCUCCUGGGUUCAGGCAGUCUCCUGCCUCAGCCUCCCGAGUAGCUGGGAUUACAGGUGCACGCCACCACGCCUGGUUAAUGUGGUGCAGAGGUAGGCAUUAUGAGCAGGGAAACAAAAUAAAGGCCCAGAAACUCACCCAUGCGUAUGUUGACCUUUGUGAAAUGACCUGGUGGCAGGGAGGUCAGUGGGGACAGGAAGGACCACUCCCUAAGUAGUCCCAGAACAGUGGCUAUUCAUGUGGGAAAAAAAAAAAAAAUUUGAAUUCCUCGCACCCUACCCAAUGAUAAGUUCCAAAUAUGUUAAGGGCUUCCGUAUAGAAAGCAAAAAUUGUCACUGUUUGGAUGAAAAAGGCUUAGUGCAGGAAAGAAUCUCUUGAGACAUAACGUAGUUAUCAUAAAUGAUAAGAUGGUUAAGUAAACUCUGUUAAAACUAAAGCUUAUAUUAAGAAAACAUUUAAGUGAGAAGAUGAGCCACAACUUGAGAAGACAUUUAUAAUACGAAUAACUGACAAAGGAUUCAUAAUCACAAAUAUAGAGAAUUCCUGUUUAAAAAAAACUCAAUAGAAAACUAGAGAAGACUUGAAAAGGCAUUUCACACAAGAGGAAA